AGCCUAACUAAAAGGCAGCCGAGUUUUGGCGAAUUGCGAUAACAUUUUCCAGCAACGUAAGAAUUCCUGAGAUACAUUUCUCUCAUUUUGGUCUUCAGGGAUACCUAAUCAGAGUUGCAUACAAAGCCUUGGGAGGGAAUGACGAAUAUUAAUGGGACCGAGUCCAGUUUGAAGCCAAUGUCUCUUUAAAUAAGAGUAGCGAGUUACAGGUUUUGCGGAAUUAACUUGUGGAAUGUGAUUGUUGCACUGUGCACGAUGAAUUGUAUUCCCAUGAUGCCUUGUGAGGAAAGGGAACAGGCUCAUCUGAAUAAUUCCGCAGUGUGGGAUUUUUUUCCAGGCAGCACUGCACUUGUUGCUUCAGAGCGCAAUCACGAUCUGUAAUCUGUUGACUACAAUCAUCUCAACGGAGACUAGAGUUUCGUAAAAGGGUUUUAAGGAGUUUACGUAUUUCGCUGAUCCACGAUGGACUUAUCAAAGACGCUCUGACACUGGGCUAUCCCAGACCACCAGGGCAGCAUCAGCAUCAGCAUCAGCCCCUCUUCCCGUCUGUCCAGACAUGAGCAGCAGGGUGCCUGAGGCCAGCCCCUGAGUCUCCGCUGGAUCACCCACACCUCCAGGGCAUCAGAGUGCUUUUUGUCCUACACUCUUCUCUGCAGAUUAGCCUUACAGCUGAAAAAAAGAUGGAUGACAUAGAUGGCAUAAAGCUGAGGCUGGAAGAACCAUUGGUCUCAUCCAAUACAGAGUCCAUCAACAUUGACGAUGCCCAUUAUGCUGCCUUGCGGGCAGACCUGGAGGAGAAUGUAAAGGGCUUUGCGGUGGAGACCUGGGGUUUGAGUGUGGAUCAGCAGUACAUGAAGCAGCUCCAGAAGGACGCCAUCAAGAGACAAGAGGUCAUUUAUGAGCUAAUGCUGACGGAGAUCAACUACGUGCGGACGCUGAAGAUCAUGCAGGACGUGUUCACGUGGCAGCUGCGUGACUCGCUGCAGAUGGACGAUGCGCGGCUCCAGCGGCUGCUGCCCCCAGUGGACAGCCUGCUGCACAUCCACCAAACCUUCCUGGGCCACCUCAAGGAGCGCCGGCAGCAGUCCCUGGAGCCGGGCAGCGAGAACAACUACUGCAUCCAGCGCCUGGGAGACAUCCUCUGCUCUCAGUUUUCAGGGGAGAUGGGAGCAUUAAUGCAGAAGAACUAUGGAGAUUUCUGCAGUCAUCACAAUGAAUCCGUCAGCUACUACAAAGAGCAAGUCCAAAGCAACAAGAAAUUGCAGUACAUUAUGCGGAAAAUAAGUCAAUUGGCCAUUGUGCGGCGGUUAGAGGUGCCCGCGUGUGUUCUCCUGGUAACACAGCGCAUCACUAAAUACCCUGUGCUGGUGGAGCGCAUCAUUAAGAACACUGAGGCUGGCACAGAGGAGCAUGAGGAGCUGGUGCGGGCACUGCGCCUCAUCAAAGACACCAUCAUGCAGGUGGACAGCCACGUGGACGAUUACGAGAAGGCCCAGCGGCUGCGUGACAUUAGCGCCAAGCUGGAGCCCAAGUCCCUGGGCCGGAUGAAAGACGGCCGGGUGUUCCGCAGGGAGGACAUCCUAACUGGAGGCCGCCGGCUGCUGCAUGAGGGCACCGUCAGCUGCAGGGCCUCCUCCGGGCGGCUGAAAGAUAUCCUCGCUGUGUUACUGCCAGAUGUGCUGUUAUUGUUGCAAGAGAAAGACCAGAAAUAUGUCUUCUCCACCGUGGACAGCAAGUCGUCCGUGAUCCCCCUCCAAAAGCUGAUUGUGCGUGACGUGGCCCUGGACAAGAAGGCUAUGUUUCUGAUCUGUGCCUCGUCUGACGUGCCAGAGAUGUAUGAGAUCCUCACAGGGUCCAAAGAUGAGCGGGACAGGUGGAUGACCCUCAUCUGGCAGGCCAUCGACAGCUUCCCAGAGGAUGUAGGUGAGGACCUGGGUAGUGAGCAGGAAGAGGCCAUUACAGCAAAGAUGAGUGACUUCCAAGAGCAUCUGUACAUGAAAGAUGCCCAGAUUGUGCAGCACCUUGAGGAGAAGUUUCAGUUCUUUGCAACGCUAACAGAGAAAAUAGCAGGUGUGGAGGACACAAUGCCACACCAUCGUCUGCUGCUGCGUGGCACUGCCUUAGACCUCCAGCAGGGGGAGCAGCUGCUCGUAGGAGCCAUAGCUGAUGUGGAAGCAUUACAGGGUCUGCUGCUGACAGGAGAGAAACAGGCCUCAUCACUGGACAUGGAGACAGGCCCAGACCUGUCAGCACUGCCCAGAAGAGCUCAGACCUUCCAGAGCUACGACAACAUGUCCAUCCUCAGGAGGAAUGGUGACCUGCGGGUUGAGGACCGGCGUAGAGAGAGAAAUCAGCGGCCCAGCUCCGACCCCCUCCACGGGGAGCUCUCCCCCACAGAGAGCAUGGAACUGUCGGCUGAUGAGGAGGUCACCACUACCGUGGGCCAUGUGGGCUCAGCCCUGUUCCCAAAGGCAGAGUUUUCAGAGAAGUUGGUGGCUCUUUCCCAAAAACUGUACAGCCUGCAGGCAGUCAUCAUUCAGCACGACACCAACACGGAGCUCCAGCGUGCCGCCACCGGUCGCCACCGGGGCAACGUGCUCCUGGACCAGGAGAAGCAACGCAACCUGGAGAAGCAACGCGAGGAGCAGGCCAGCUUUCAGCGGCUACAGACUCAGCACCGGCAGGAGCAAGAUCGCUGGGAGCGGGAGCGGGAGCGCCAGAGGCUGCAGGCAGAGUCCGCCGAGGCAGAGCUGAUGCAGCGGCGCGAGGAGUGCGAGCAGCAGGAGGCUCUGCUGGCCGGGGAGAAGGAGGAGCUGAACCGGCAGCGGGAGGCCUACCAGCAGGACCUAGAGCGUCUGCGAGAGUCCACACGCACCGUGGAGAAGGAGCGCGAGCAGCUGGAGCAGCAGCGCAAGAAGCUGGAGAAGCAGAAGAAGUCCAACACCAUCUCCAACCCUGGACACUUCAGCUACGAGGCCGUACAGUCAUCCUCAGCCAUUGACGACUGGGGACAGAUGAACAGUGCCGGAGACGACCUCUUCCGCAAGCUUCACGUGCGGCCCAGCUUGUCCCAGGCCACCUCUAGCUUUCUGGAGAAGCCCCCUGAGGUUCCCCCACGCCGCGAGAGCAUCAGCCCCUCACCCAUCAAGACGGAGGUGCCCCUCCACCUCAUCAGCACCACCAACCAGGCCCACAAGGCCAGUGCCAUCCAGCAGAAGAUCCCCACCAAGCUGGCUCUCAUCAAGGGCAAGGAGAAGGGUAGCAAGGGAAAGUCCCACCAGCGCACCAACAGUGCCGCUUCCAUUGAGGUAUCCCAGGUUAUACCCAUCAGAGUGAUGGGGAAAGAGGGAGGCAGCCUGAAGUCCAAGAGGUCCAGCAGUCCUCGCAGUCUCAAUCCAGAUACCUUUAUUCAUCCAGACAAGCUGUCCAAAUCAAAGCCCUCUCACAGCGCCAGCAUGCACAGGAAGGUUGCUCAGUCCUCAUCUCAAGAUCCACAUUCACACCACAAAAAAGGAGGUAACCCCCCAAACGAGGACAUUAUCUUCUUUUAAUCUCUGCGUUCAGAGGAAUAUUUGGAUCAGAAGGCUAGAAAUGGCACAGACUAUUUUUUUUUUUUAUCCUCGACAAGGUGCCCUGAUCGGCUGCAUAUGUAGUGCCUUUGUACUCCCUUUGUACUCCAUUUUUAGACAUUGUGGUUUAUGAAAGUUGUUUGGUUUUUUUUAAGUUUUAAUUUUUCCUUUAAUUUCUUUAAUGUUGGUUAUCAGUUUGUCUUCUUAGCACAAACCCAGCAAAAUGUACUUAGUGCUUUCAACCUAUUACAUCUGACCUACUUGUUCACUGAGUGACCCAGAAGGGCCAGAUUGGGCUGGGCUAGGUCAUCUGGAGGUCAAUACAAAGUCUAAAUCAUUCCAUUUACUAAUACUCAGUAACUGUGUACUGCACAAUGUUAAGAGUUUGUUCUAGCCUUGAACAGCAUGUUGCAUUUGAGGUUCAAACAUGUCAUGGUCAUCAUCCUGUACAUAGCUCGAAAUUACCUUUUGUCAGACAAGAUUUUGGUACUUAUUAUUUGGAUAUCUACUUCUGGCAUAGUCGCUUGUGCUAGUUUUGAAAACCUGUCAUUGGUAAACGAAAUGUGCAGUUGCCUUAUGCAAUAGUAUUAUAUGCAUAGCAACACAGUUUUAGGCAAUAAUACAGUAAUGCCAAAAUACAUUCAGUUGACUUGAAAUCAUCCCCCAUGUGAGAGCUCCCAAAAAUGUUGAUCGAAAAAAUGUGUCGACGCAAAUUGCGCAUUGACUGUGCUUUUAAUGUUGUUCAAAUGACUGUGAAUCUUCUGGUCAGAUUGAAAUGGACAAACAAGUGACCUGAGUUUCAUCAUGUGAGAUGUAAUUUAUUUUCCUUCAGGGAGCCAUGACACAUGAUGAGGUUUCUAUGGAAAUGUGGUUGUGUUUAUGAUAUUUCUCCAACAUUGUAGCAGUUUGGACACUUUUUAAUCCAAUGUUUUCUGUACUUGCAAGUGCUGGUGUAAAUAGAAUAUUGUUUUAGGAGUUGUAAUGCAAUCUUACUCUUGAGUCCUUUCUCGAUAUGGAGAUGGCCAAAGAGAUGUUCUAGUGAUGUGCUGUUAUCAACUAUCCAAUAGUAUUCUGCUGUACUACUAAAUGGGUGUCAAGGUGAAUCAUAACCUGUGGAAUUCAUGUUUGUUUCUGAAUACACAGAACAAUCAAAAGACAACUUUGUAGAUUUGCCUAAAAAAAACUGUUUAAAAUGUGUAAAUAUUCAUUAUCUUAUAAGUUUGUAACUUUGUAUAGUUGUAAACUAACUGUGACAAUGAGGUGUGGGCCAAUGUUUCCUCUGCAUUCAUAAUGAUGAAUAAAGGGGUUUUAUGACAACACA